UCGCUACUACACCGGGUCGCCGAGGGAAAAGGAAUCCGCCCGCAGGUGCAGCAAAGCGAGGAGCGAGAGCCGCGCCACACCCGCCGGCGACGGCCCACAUGCCGACCGCCUCCUGCCUCCGCCCGCCGCUCCCCAAGUCCGCCGCGCGGCGUCUCAGAUUCCCUCCGCCGCCUCCACCGGCGCAGCUGUACCCGGCGGGGCUGGCGAUUGGGAGCCGCCGCAGGCGGCUUGCCGGAGUCGGGGUGGCGGCCGCCUCCGCCUCGCCCUUCGACGAGCUCUACGCCCGUGGGAGGCCCAUCCACGGCUCCUCCAAGAAAUCUAUCCUGUGGAAUUUGAUCCAAGAUAUAGAACCUUUGGAUCUAAGUGUUAUUCAGAAAGAUGUUCCUCCUGAAACGGUUGAUGCAAUGAAGAGGACCAUCUCUGGCAUGUUGGGUCUGCUUCCGUCUGAUCAGUUCCGUGUUGUGGUAGAGGCCCUUUGGAAUCCAUUCUUCAAGUUAUUGGUAUCUUCAAUCAUGACUGGGUAUACCCUACGUAAUGCUGAAUACAGGCUCUCUUUUGAAAGGAACCUAGAACUUCCUGAAGAAGAUAGUGAAUAUCAGAAAAGAGACAUCACUGAAGAUAACCAUCACGACAUCAAUUUGGGUAGGCCUGUUACAAUCUUCAGAUUAUCAGAAGAUGACAUGCUCCAGGACCUAGGUAACUUUACACCUGGUGGUAGCAUGGGAGAAGACCUAGGUGACUUGACACCUCAAGCGGAAGAGCACAUUAUUCGGUUGCAAUCUCGUCUAGAUGCCAUGAAAAAGGAAUUACAUGAUCUGAAGAGGAAAAAUUCUGCCCUGCAAAUGCAACAGUUUGUUGGUGAGGAAAAAAAUGAUCUGUUGGACUAUCUAAGAUCCCUAACACCAGAGAAGGUUGCUGAACUCUCAGAGUCCACUUGUCCCGGUGUGCAAGAGGCAAUUCAGUCUGUUGUGCAUGGUUUGCUUGCUACUCUUUCCCCAAAGAUAUACUCGAAGUCCCCUCCGCCACUAGGGAAUGCUGCUGGGGGUGUGCUAAACCGUGGGGGUGAGGAUGAUGACUGUGCGGAGCUUGUGGAGAAUACUUCCCUCCCGUUUCAGCCCCUAAUAUCUGUUCCCCGUGAUUAUCUUGCACGCUUAUUAUUCUGGUGUAUGCUGCUGGGUCACUACAUCCGAGGUCUGGAAUACCGAUUAGAGCUGGCACAGCUUCUCAGAAUGUCUAGCGAUGUGGGGUCUUUCACCAUUGGCGAUGAUUAUGUUAUUUGAGAAAGCUUCAUUGGUUUAUUGAGAUUCUUCGCCGAGGAGAAUGGAAAUGCUCUGGCCGAGAGAUGGCUGUUGCGCUGCAUUUCCUGUCAAAAAGGGGCCCUAAAGCAGGGAGCUCUGAGCUAUCGUUCCUGUAAUCCUGUUGUAGUUCUUGUAAAGUCAGAAAACAGUGGUGUAAAGUUAGCGUUACAUAUCCAUGCGAACAAUUGAUUUUGCUUUCUUCCUUUUAUUUAUUGUGUUGUAAAAGAACGGACUCAAUGGUGUUGCUGCUAAUCUUGUGGUAGCAUUGUAGAUAGGCAUCCUUUGUACUUACAGUUUGUAUGUAUUUCGCUAAUGUUUACUAGGUUGAUGAUGUUAUAUUGUUGAGUCUUAUAAAGAUUCUUCGACAUUACUCC